AUGAACGGGGAUGGGGGGGUGGAGAGCUCGCGCGCGUCGGGCGGGACGGAUGUCCCGGGCGAAGACGCGGCGCGGACGCGCGCGACGCCGAGCGCGACGUCUCGGAAAGAUAAGUCGUUGUGGACGCUGUGUGAACGGUUUUUGACGAUUUAUGGAGAUGGAUCGAAGGAGAGCGUGUCGCUGGACGAUGCGGCGACGCGGCUCGGGGUGGAGCGUCGAAGGAUUUACGACGUCGCGAACGUGUUGGAGAGCGUGGAGGUGCUCGAGCGCAAGGCAAAGAAUCAGUACACGUGGCACGGCGUGCGAAGACUCCCGGAGUGCCUGAAACGGCUCAAGGAGAGUGGAUUGCGGGAAUUUGGGACGGAUGUCGAGCUCGAUGGAAGCACGAGCGAGGGACGUGACGGGGAAAAGGAGGAUGGAACGGCUCGAGGCGGCGACGCCUCCGAUCGAAGCUCUCCCACAAACUCGUCGACGAUCAACUUGGACGCGAAACAGCGGGGUGAGAAGGUUACUGGGACUAAGUUCUUUGGACAGGGGCGAUUCGCCGUCUCGAGCGCCAGUUACGACAGCCGGCGGGAGAAGAGUCUUGGCUUGCUGUCCCAAAAAUUCGUUCAACUCUUCCUCGCGUCAAAGAUGAAUGUUGUCAGUCUGGAAACGGCCGCCAGGAUUAUUAUGGGAGAAGACGACGACGAUGAAGCCAAGUUGAAGACUAAAAUUCGUCGAUUGUACGAUAUCGCCAACAUCUUGUGCUCCUUGCGCCUGAUUCGAAAGGUACACGUGGGCGAGACUAGAAAACCAGCCUUCCUUUGGCUACAGCGAGAAAACUCCAUCGCGGAGCUCAUCGCGCAGGGCAAGGGGCUGAUGUGGUUCGAUAAAUUGAACGAAGAGGAAGAGAUGCGUUUACAGGCGUCCAUCAUUGAAUCAAAACUCGACGGGAACGAGGUGUUGAUGGUUGACGCGGAGAAUAAACGACGAGGCGCGUUUUACGAUUCGCAGACUAAGUCGGGAUCUAAGCGUCCUCGAGGACGUCCAAGACUGCCGGGUGGUGACGUCGACGCGUUGCCUUCAUCCGUACCUCCAUUAGGCGCGUCUUCGAUGACGCCCGAAGAAGCGGCGAGGUUCAAUCAGUUGUUCGCGUUCACCACGUCACAACUCAUGGCACAGUACCCGCUGGACGUGCGCGCGGAUGUGAACAGCAUCAUGGCGCAGAGCGCGAUGGGUAACGCAAACUACCUUCAUCUUCUCGCGCAGUCUUCCGUGGCCCAAGCGCACGCGGCGCGACGGAUGGAGAACACCGCAAAAGGAAUGAGCUCUGAUUCCAGCAUCGACAACACGGCUAUGUUCGUGCCGCCACUUCCUGCGUUUCCCGCGAUGCUUCCGGCGUGGGGCAUGUCUGGCUUGUCUUACCACAGCAACCACAUGGAACACAUGAUGCGGAUGUACGAAACUUCUCUGGCAACGAUUAGCGACAACGACCCCUCGCAUCCAGAUGGAAAGAUUGCCGAACAAUAA